GCAAUGCCAACACCAGAACGAAUUCAGGCUCUAUGCCCUUUACAACAACCAUUAAUACACUUCUCUUCUUUUUUUUCUGUAAAUAACUCCUUUUUUCCUUUCUUUCGUUCUGUUCAUUCUGUGUUAUUCCUGUGAUUGUUGAAUUUAAAGACCUCAAGUCUAUUCACAGCUGGAAUCUUUUCUUACACUUCUGUUGGUAUGAAAUUUCGAUUAAAUGACUCCUACUCUGGAAGAUACUGGACCGUAAAGGAUGUUCAAUGGACGCCUCAGGAUUUUGUGUCCUGGAUCAUGACGCUGGACAUUGGUCUAAGCGACGAGGCGAAACUGUUAAUGCCAAACGGCAUGUCCUUAAACGAAACAAUUUUGAACAACGACUCUGAUGUAACCAUUUAUGGUUUGGAUCAAAUGUUGCUGAAUUACAUUCCUCCCAAAGACCUUCCGGAGAUCCCUAAUCCUGAAAACAAAGUGGACGAGCUGAUGCAAAAGCUUGAUGGCUCAGCCAUGUCAAUAGAGUCUUUGGACAAAGUACUUUCACGACGAAAGAUGCUGGCUGAACGCGUUCUUGCGAGCUCUAAGGCUCACAAAGAGAUGUUGCAAACCUUAAAGGAACACUUCCGUACUAGCGAAAGCUCUCGGGAUGUUGCAAUGAACUAUUUGCGAAGACGUCAAAACGGCAUGAAAGAGUUGCUGAUCGUCUUCUACGAGCGACUGGAACGUUCGUCUGUCAGAGAGCUCUUGAAUGAGUUUACAAUGAUGCCGAGCUACUCUCUACCUCUCACACCCGAAAAGUUGCUACAACCGACAUGGCCAAAGCUCGACGAGUGGUUGUACAGUAUUUCCGCACGCUAUGCUGAAGCUCAGAAACGGGUUCAGUUGUGCAUUUCUGCUGCGCAGUCUAUCUCGCCCUUGCCUCCCCGCGAAGUUCCAGAGUUGAAGGAAGCCGACGAAGCGCUCGUGGAAAUCGAGUUGUUGCUCAAGAAGAUGAACAAUGACAUUGCACAUGUGUCAAAAUCCACUGCUGAAGAAAACUACACGGAACGUGUUUUCCGUCUUAUAAGUACUCAUGAACGCGAACACGAUCCUGCUUUGAUGAACAAUCUAAAACAAUUGCGCUCUAGUUUAGCGUCUCUUCAAGAAGCUCAUGCCACUGUUUUGCGAGCUUCGAAACCUUUUUGGACUUCAUUUUACAACGUUUCAUUGAAAUAUGACGCGCUGUAUGAAUACUUACGACAAAUCGCUGAGGAAGUUGAUAAAAGCCGGGUACUUGCUUCACAAUGUCAAAACUUGUAUAAUUUGUUUGCGGAUAUCAUUAUCGAAGCAGUUCGAAGGACAGAAUGGCAAGUGUCGUAUGACGGGCUUCAUCCCUCUAAUCAUCGUUUUUCUCAAAACCAAGUUCAAGAAGUGGCUGCUCGGAAGGCUUGGACAUCCCACUUCUCUACUCUGCUUUUUGACGUUAAGAAGUUGGAACACUUGCCUACGGUUACAAGAAGCAAUGUGGCCGACUUUCUAUUCCGUUUGCAGAGUGAACCGAAGUACCAGCUUGUGUCACAGCUAUUAGGAACACGUCUCAAUGCCCUCGUCCAUGCCCCAGUAAAACAGAUGGACCCCAGCAGUGAAGGCCUUUUACGAGAAAACUCGGCGCUGAACGAACGUAUCACGGUUUAUAAGGCUCGUUGUCGUAAUUUAGAGGAAAUAUUACAACAACAAGCUCGCUGUUUAAGCACCAAAAGCUCUGGCAAUCAGCUUUCUUCUCUUGAAAAGAGCAAGUCCCAGGGAACUGCACCCUUUUUUGAGGAAUCACCCUCUCUAAUCCCGAUAAGCGUAAUUCAACAGCUUUCCCGUGGUGGCUCCAAUCCCCAGGAAAGCGCCCAAAUCCAACAAUUAAAGUCCGAAAUUUCUAAUCUGCAAACGCAGCUAGCACAGGCAAACUUGCGAAUUGAAGAGCAAAACGGUGAACUAAAAAGUAAAAACAUUCUGAUCCAGGAAUUGAAUAAACGUAACCUUCUUUUAUCUCAAGACAAUCAGACCACGAACAGUUCUCUGCACUCUUUGAAAUUGGAAGGUGUUGACAGCAUUGAUAAACCCGCUGAUCUUGAUUUCCAAAACAAAAGCAAGGCGACGUCCAGCGAACAGAAACGCUCUCAUUUGCUCUCUCUGGAUUCGAUUUAUUCUGCAUUUGAAGGCAAGGUUGGUGAUUUGCAACAGCUGCUGCACCAAUUCCAAGAUGAAAUUAAGAGUGAGAAACACCAAAAAGAAAUAGUCGAGUUGGCUAAGGACGUUGACGAAGUACAAAAGCUGAAAGGCGAAAUCGAACACGCUCAACAAAACGAAGCAAAGGCGCAAAACGCUUUAUCCAAGAAAAUGGAACAAUCCCAAGUUCUGAGCGAGAAACUCAGUGCGUUUGUCUCUGAUUUCCGUCGACUUGACUGGGUUUUGCAUCAGCGUCUUUCCGCUUCUGCCUUUGAAAGCGAAGAACUUGGCCAUCUUCAAGACUUCAAUACUCAAUACGAAUUAACAGCCGAGUUCAAUGAAGCACAACGGAAUACUGAUUUAUCGCACUGGAUGGACAAGCCCAAUCCCGAACUCUCCUUUCAAGAAUUUGUCUCAAGAAUGGAGUCUGUUAAUAUUAAAGAUCUGCAAGAGUUCGCUCUGGCAUCUAUUUUACAAGUCCGCGUCCGUGAGUUGCAUUGGAAGAAAGAACUACAAUUCAGCCGAGAUAAGGUUUACAAGACGAUCCUCGAUUCUCAGGAAAAAGUUUCGUUGCGGAAUUUCAAGCAAGGGGAUCUUGCACUGUUUCUGCCCACACGACGAGUUUCAAGUACUCGGAAUGUUUGGGUAGCCUUCAACGUGAAUUCACCCCAUUACUAUCUUCGCCCGCGACCAGAACACAAGUUAGAAUCUAGAGAUUGGCUACUUGCUCGUGUUGUCAAUGUUGAGGAAAACAUUGCUGAUGGCUCUGCACAAAAUCACUUCAAGCUUCCUCGCGGCACCACAUGGCAUUGGGUUGAUGCUACUACUGAAAGAAAGUAAUGAACUUACAAUCGUUCAGACCACCUCUUAAUAUUCUUUUUAAUUUUCUAGACAGCUUUUUUGCUACUAAUACAGUCUUACCAAAGUGAUGUGCAACGGAGCUUAGAGCAGAGUGAUUGUAAAGCAGCGUUCAGUAUCAAUCAUUGCGAGUACGAUACAGCCAGUUGCUUCAGGGACUCACAGAGUUUGAUCCCUUUUGUCGAAGUUACCGUAAAGUCAUAU